CAGAUGGAAACUCUUGAAAAUAUUGAAGUCACACUUGUUGGGCAGCCCUACUCGAAUUUGGUCAUCUCACCAAAUAAUAGAAUCCUCGCCACCACUACUGGAGCAUCCUGUGAAGUUUUAUUCUCUGACAAGAAGGGAAAUGACGCAAGACGUGUGAUUAAGCAUGAUUGUGACGUCAUCGCCGUCUUUUUUCACUCAAAUGAGCGUCUGGUGACUGUGACUGAAAAUGGAGAAGUUAGCGAAUUUGAAGCACAGGAAAAAGAUUUUGAAAAGCUUGUUUCCAGAAGAGUUACAGCUUUUCCUGUUGUUGCCGCCUUUGCCCAAAAACCGAAAAACGCCGAAGAAGAAAAGGAGCUUGAAUUGUGGCUUGUCGUCAAAAAAAGUGAUUCAAAAAAGCAAAAGAAUCCGUCAAAAUUCGAUAUUUGUGUGACUGGAGCCAAUGGAUCAAUUGAAAAAGUUUUGGAAAUUCCAUCGAAUAUUCGAAAAGAACAAAUUGUGAUUUCUGAUCGAAUUGUUUCAUAUUGUCAGGGAUUGGAAAUUACAUCGAUUAUUUUAAAUGAUAGUGACUUUUCGAUUGUCAAGGAGACUAAAUAUACAUCGAAAAAUACAGGAGGACAUGACAUUGACGUGAUCCACCAAUUCGAUCGUCUCUCAGCCAAUGGAAAUUAUUUGGUUGCUGCAAUCAGUGAUGGACGAGUUCUCGAAUGGUCUAAUCUCAAAUCCUCUGGCGUUUCUGAUACUCAUCACAGAAUUCACUGGAAUAAAGUCGGUUGCCACGUGGCUGUUACUCAAUUUGGAAAUGUGCUCACUGCUGGAGCAGAAUGUGCGCUCGCGAGACACUCGAAAGGACAAAAAGAGCCGACGCUGUUGCCGAGAUUGGCGGCUCCUGUUACUGGAUUGGUUAUUUCAGAGGAUUCAUCCACUUGUGCACUUGUUAUGGAAGACAACUCAAUUCACACUGUACUCCUCGCCACGAUGGCUCUGAAAUCGUCAAUUUCCACUCUUGAAUACUGUCCAAGAUCCUUGAACACCGUAUUUUGCUGCGAUCGUCUACGUCCACGUAGUAUUGUGAUGAACGCGAAGCCUGGUACAAUUCAAUGGUUUGAUCCAGUAACCAUUACAACUGAAUCAAAAAUGCACGUAACACUGGAGAAUACGAUUGACGGUGAUAUGACGUCACGUGGUAUUCGAUCGGCAUUCCGUGAUGUUCUCUGUGUAUCUUUUACAUCAACUCUCGCUGCAACUAUCGAGAAAUUCGUUCAUUUUGAUGGAGAAAAUCAUGUUCGAUUCUGGCAACGUAUCGGAAAUGCUACGAAUACUAAAUUGGUUGCAAGUGUUGCAGUUCCGAAUGAUGUUGUUUUUGUAGCCACUUGUCAGACAAGCACGUCGUCGAGAUUUGCGAACACCAUCGUCACGGCCUCAACGAGUGGAACGAUCAGUGUGUGGGAUUACACUGAAAAAGACGUUCGUGAAGAUCUGGAACGCAGUAGAAAUUGGCAGGAAGCUGAAAUUCGAUCGAUUUCCAAUAUUCAAGCUGACGGAAAAUUCGUCAGUGCACAUGGACAACAUGCGGUGCUUUGGAAUGUUAAAAAUAUGAAAAUCAUCGAUGUGCUCAGCUGCUCCGACGACAUUAUCUCAGUGGAUUUUGCAGCCGACGGACGUCAUUUGAUUAUUUCAACGAAAAAAGGAGUCGUCUGCUGGGAUACACUGUGCCUAUUGGUUGUUUGGAAAAUUCAACAGGCAGUCGGAUGCGUUGUCAAUUCAAUUGGAUGUUUUGCAUUUGAAGGAGCCCAAGUUAUGCGUUUUGAUGCGGAAACUGGAAGAGUUUUGGAAACUAUUCAAUUCUCUACAAAUAUUGAUGAACUUGUCGUUAUUCAGCAAAGAGCACACGCUUUGGUUUAUGUUGCCAAGACGGCGAAGGGAAUCAUAUGUCACCGUCCUGCACACAUCAAGAAUAGUGGAAGAUCAGGAGAGAUCGCAGUUCCACAGACUCCAUUCCAACAACUUGGCUCAAAAUCAACAGCUGGCCCAUCCACAGUCACAUCGGAUCAAGCUUUCGUCCGUCAACCCAGGCCUGAAGCGGCCCGCUUAUUCUCCGGACCAGUUCAUCAGCUCCCUCCAAUCUCGUUCAUCGCUCCACUUUUUAUCGAAAAAUCGUUGCUUCCACCGCCUGUACGUGGUGUCUAGAAGCAUCUAGAACACUUUCUGAUUCAUCGCUCUCUCUUUUUGUUUUUGGUUUUUUUUUUUCACAAGUUUCAAUCAUUUUUUAUUGUUGCCUUUCUUUUUUUCAAUUUUUUUCCCUUCCACAUAUGCUACAAUCCUUUUGUUAUCACACACACACAUUUGUUAUCGUUGUUGAUUUUAUUUGUUCAUGAAUUCGUUUUUUUUAAAUUUU